AUUUCACUCAUUUUGGUCAAAUUUCAAUGUACAAACUGAUAUUUCAGCAUACCAACGCUAGCAAAAGGAUGGUAAAGGUCAGAGGUGAAAGAAUGGAGGUCAUGGUGGUGGUCGCGGAUCUACAGAAGUGAGAACAAUCAAGAGGCUUAUCUCCUCUUUUUUUCUGUUUUCUGUUUUCUCUUUCUUUCUUUUUUUUUUCUUUUUUCUUUUUUGUUUUGUCUGUCGUCUCUUUCCUUUAGAGGAAACUAGGGUUUUCUUUUAUUGCUAAAUUUGAGUUUUGAUGAACUGGUUUAUGAAAUUAGGUUGAGACUUGAAUUAAAUUGUUGGUGGGUUCAAAAUUGGGGUUUGGGCUGGAUUUGUGGGUUUGUCUUGGUAGAUUUUAUCCUCAGCUUUUAAUUUUUUCA